UGGCAGUCGGAAGUUGCUUGAACGGAGCCCAGCCGGCCGGCCAAGAGACCGGUCUUCGUCGUCCCCGGAGCGCCCCGUGAGAGUCACCGACGGGUGGACGGACUGACCGCCGGAGGAGGGCCGGCCUGGGCGGUGGCAGCGCGGGCCCGAUGGCGCGGGUCGCGUGAGGCGGCAGGCCGAGUGCGGCCCGCGGUGCGCCCGCCCAGCGAUGCGGGCCCCGCCCGUCGCCUCAGGUGCCGUUUGGAUAGUACUUUAGUGGCACAAUGUACUCUGAGUGGCGGUCACUGCAUUUGGUGAUUCAGAAUGAUCAAGGCCAUACCAGUGUGCUACACAGCUAUCCAGAGAGUGUUGGGAGAGAGGUGGCCAAUGCAGUGGUCCGUCCUCUGGGGCAGGCAUUAGGUACCUCUUCAGCGGCUGGUAGUGAGAGUUUGUUAAAAACUGACAAAGAAGUAAAAUGGACCAUGGAAGUAAUUUGCUAUGGAUUGACCCUUCCAUUGGAUGGAGAGACUGUAAAAUAUUGUGUUGAUGUAUAUACAGAUUGGAUUAUGGCUUUGGUGUUGCCGAAAGAUUCUAUUCCAUUACCAGUUACUAAAGAGCCUAAUCUAUAUGUUCAAAGUAUAUUAAAACACCUACAAAAUCUUUUUGUACCAAGACAGGAACAGGGCUCCAGUCAGAUCCGACUAUGCUUACAGGUUCUGAGAGCCAUUCAGAAACUGGCCCGUGAGUCAUCCAUCAUGGCUCGAGAAACCUGGGAAGUCUUGCUGUUGUUUCUUCUGCAAAUUAAUGACAUACUUCUGGCCCCACCAACUGUUCAAGGUGGCAUUGCUGAGAAUCUAGCAGAGAAGCUGAUUGGUGUUCUCUUUGAAGUUUGGUUACUAGCUUGCACCCGGUGCUUCCCAACACCUCCUUAUUGGAAGACAGCCAAGGAGAUGGUGGCUAACUGGAGGCACCACCCUGCAGUGGUGGAGCAGUGGAGCAAGGUCAUCUGUGCACUUACUUCCAGAUUGCUCCGCUUUACAUACGGCCCUUCAUUUCCUCCGUUUAAAGUUCCUGAUGAAGAUGCCAAUCUGAUCCCUCCAGAAAUGGACAAUGAGUGUGUUGCACAAACAUGGUUUCGAUUUUUGCACAUGUUAAGUAAUCCUGUGGAUCUGAGUAACCCAGCCAUUAUAAGCUCAACCCCCAAGUUUCAGGAACAGUUCCUGAGUGUGAGUGGGAUGCCGCAGGAGCUGAGCCAGUACCCAUGCCUUAAACAUCUGCCUCAGAUAUUCUUUCGUGCCAUGCGCGGAAUCAGCUGUCUGGUGGAUGCAUUCUUAGGCAUUUCUCGACCGAGAUCAGACAGCGCUCCCCCAACACCCGUGAAUAGAUUAAGUAUGCCUCAGAGCACUGCUGUGAAUACCACACCACCACAUAACCGCAGGCACCGGGCUGUUACUGUGAAUAAGGCCACCAUGAAGACGACUGCAGUUACUACUGUUCACAGUUCGAAAGUCCAGCACCAGGCAUCCUCCACUUCUCCUCUGUCAAGUCCAAAUCAGACUAGUUCAGAACCCAGGCCGCUGCCUGCCCCUCGGAGACCAAAAGUUAACAGCAUCUUGAAUCUCUUUGGAUCGUGGUUAUUCGAUGCAGCAUUUGUUCACUGCAAACUCCAAAAUGGAAUAAACAGAGACAGCAGCAUGACUGCAUCUUUUAUCCAAAUUCUUCUUUCUUAUAAAUCUUCCAUUGCAACACAAGCUAGCAUGGAGUUUCGACGAAAAGGGUCCCAAAUGUCCACAGACACCAUGGUUUCCAAUCCUGUGUUUGAUGCAAGUGAAUUUCCUGAUAACUAUGAAGCAGGAAGAGCUGAGGCUUGUGGGACAUUAUGUAGAAUUUUUUGUAGCAAGAAGACUGGAGAAGAGAUUCUGCCAGCUUAUUUAUCCAGAUUUUACAUGCUUUUAAUUCAAGGUUUGCAGAUAAAUGAUUAUGUGUGCCAUCCUGUCUUGGCCAGCGUUAUUCUAAACUCCCCUCCUUUGUUCUGCUGUGACUUGAAAGGGAUUGAUGUUGUGGUUCCUUACUUUAUUUCAGCUCUUGAAACCAUUUUGCCUGACAGAGAACUCUCAAAAUUCAAAAGCUAUGUAAAUCCAACAGAAUUGAGAAGAUCCUCCAUUAAUAUCCUGCUUUCUUUGUUGCCCCUUCCUCACCAUUUUGGCACAGUCAGAUCUGAGGUGGUCCUAGAAGGAAAGUUUAGUAAUGAUGACAGCUCUUCUUAUGAUAAACCAAUAACUUUUCUGUCCUUGAAGUUGAGACUUGUGAAUAUACUAAUAGGUGCCUUGCAAACAGAAACGGACCCUAACAACACCCAAAUGAUACUAGGAGCAAUGUUAAAUAUUGUUCAGGAUUCUGCACUUUUAGAAGCCAUUGGUUGCCAAAUGGAGAUGGGUGGUGGAGAAAACAACCUGAAGAGUCAUAGUCGCACUAAUAGUGGCAUUAGUUCAGCAAGUGGAGGAAGCACAGAACCUACGACGCCUGAUAGUGAGAGGCCUGCUCAGGCUCUCCUAAGGGAUUACGGAUCCACAGCUCUUAAUACAGAUUCAGCUGCUGGGCUCCUGAUUCGCAGCAUUCAUCUCGUCACCCAAAGACUCAACUCUCAGUGGCGGCAAGACAUGAGCAUAUCCCUGGCGGCUCUAGAACUCCUCUCUGGCCUGGCAAAGUCCAGGACCCAAACCCAGGGAAUAGUGCCACUCUCCUUUAAGGUGAAGGUGAUGGUUGACUUGGGAGACCGAAAGCGUGCCAUCAGUUCUGUGUGCAGUUAUAUUGUAUACCAGUGCAGUCGGCCAGCUCCUCUUCACUCCCGGGAUCUGCACUCCAUGAUAGUGGCAGCAUUUCAGUGUCUCUGUGUCUGGCUGACAGAGCACCCUGACAUGCUGGAUGAAAAGGAUUGCCUUAAGGAAGUACUGGAGAUUGUAGAACUGGGUAUCUCAGGAAGCAAGUCCAAGAACAGUGAGCAAGAGGUCAAGUACAAAGGCGAUAAAGAGCCAAAUCCUGCAUCUAUGAGGGUAAAGGAUGCUGCAGAAGCCACUUUAACAUGUAUCAUGCAGUUGCUUGGCGCAUUUCCUUCACCCAGUGGUCCUGCCUCUCCUUGUAGUCUGGUGAAUGAGACCACUCUGAUCAAAUACUCCAGGCUGCCAACCAUAAACAAGCAUAGUUUCCGGUACUUUGUCUUGGAUAACAGUGUCAUCCUGGCAAUGCUGGAGCAACCGCUUGGAAAUGAGCAGAAUGAUUUUUUCCCCUCUGUCACUGUGCUGGUUCGGGGAAUGUCGGGAAGACUUGCUUGGGCUCAGCAGCUUUGCCUUUUACCCAGAGGAGCAAAAGCAAAUCAGAAGCUUUUUGUGCCAGAACCUCGUCCAAUUCCUAAAAAUGAUGUUGGAUUUAAAUAUUCUGUGAAACAUCGACCAUUUCCUGAAGAGGUGGACAAGAUUCCUUUUGUAAAAGCAGAUUUGAGCAUUCCAGAUUUACAUGAAAUUGUCACCGAAGAAUUAGAAGAGAGGCAUGAAAAAUUAAGAAGUGGUAUGGCCCAGCAGAUUGCUUAUGAAAUACACCUGGAACAGCAGAGCGAGGGAGAAUUGCAGAAGAGAAGCUUCCCUGACCCGGUUACGGAUUGUAAGCCUCCACCUCCUGCCCAGGAAUUCCAGACAGCCCGCCUUUUCCUUUCUCACUUUGGAUUUUUGUCCUUAGAGGCAUUAAAGGAACCUGCAAAUAGUCGUCUACCUCCUCACCUCAUUGCACUCGAUUCUACCAUACCUGGGUUUUUUGAUGACAUUGGGUAUCUGGAUCUCUUGCCAUGUCGUCCUUUUGACACAGUUUUUAUUUUCUACAUGAAACCAGGUCAGAAAACAAACCAAGAGAUUUUAAAGAAUGUGGAGUCUUCCAGAAAUGUUCAGCCACAUUUCCUAGAAUUUUUGCUCUCCCUUGGCUGGUCAGUAGAUGUGGGCAGACACCCUGGCUGGACGGGACACGUGUCUACCAGUUGGUCAAUUAAUAGUUGUGAUGAUGGCGAAGGGUCUGAACAAGAUGAAGUAACUUCCUCUGAAGACACUGGGGCUAGCAUUUUCAAUGGGCAGAAGAAGGUGCUGUACUACGCUGACGCCCUGACGGAAAUAGCUUUUGUGGUUCCUUCUCCUGUGGAGUCCUUAACUGAUUCUUUGGAAAGUAAUAUCUCAGACCAAGAUAGUGACUCAAAUAUGGAUCUUAUGCCUGGAAUUCUGAAGCAGCCACCCCUGACACUUGAGCUGGUCCCCAAUCACACAGACAGUCUUAAUUCCUCACAGAGGCUCAGUCCCAGUUCCAGAAUGAAGAAGCUGCCUCAGGGUCGUCCUGUGCCUCCCCUUGGACCUGAGACAAGAGUGUCUGUAGUCUGGGUGGAACGCUAUGAUGAUAUAGAAAACUUUCCCCUCUCAGAUCUGAUGACAGAGAUCAGCACUGGUGUGGAAACUACUGCAAAUAGUAGCACUUCUCUGAGAUCUACAACUCUUGAAAAAGAAGUCCCAGUAAUCUUCAUCCACCCUUUAAACACUGGAUUGUUCCGGAUAAAAAUCCAAGGAGCCACUGGAAAAUUUAACAUGGUCAUCCCCCUUGUUGAUGGGAUGAUAGUCAGUCGGCGAGCACUAGGCUUUCUGGUGCGGCAGACUGUAAUCAACAUUUGUAGAAGAAAGAGACUGGAGAGUGAUUCCUACAGUCCACCACAUGUCCGUCGGAAACAGAAAAUCACUGACAUUGUCAACAAGUACCGGAAUAAGCAGUUGGAGCCAGAGUUUUAUACUGCCCUUUUCCAGGAGGUCGGACUGAAAAACUGCAGUUCUUAGAGCACAGUUUGUCCAGGGCAGUGGACUGCAGUAUGGGCUCUGACAUCAAAGCAAGACAUUUGUGAAAAAUAAAGGAAUCACUCCCAAGAACUCACUGUUGAAUCACCAGAAGAAGCACGUGGUGAAGCCACUGGCUGGAGGAGUGCCAGCUUCCUGAUGAAUGGACCUCACACGUCACACUCCUGCUGAAAAUGACAACAAGCAUUUUAGCCAUAAACUUUCUUUUAAAGUGACAGUUUUAGUAAAAUACAAGCCUUUUGAGGAUAAAGGCUUUUAUGCAUCAGUUACAUACGUGCAUUGGUAGUGUCAACAGGCUUACAAGUUAGGAGCUGAAGAUAGUUUAUACCUCGCUUUUUAGGAGGGUGUAUUCAAAAUUAAAAUCAGUCUCAGAAUCUUCUAGAACUUUUUAAGGCUCAGUUGACACCAUGAAGGAAAGAGGCUGCAGCUUUGUCCUCACAUUUUGAUCCAUUUGUCUCCUGUCACACUGACAGGGUAAAACAUAAAUGAGUUUUGCUCAGAUAAGUCUGACAUUAAAAUAUUUCCUCUUUUCUCUCCAUAUUUAAGCAAGUUGUCCCUCUCAUUGCCGUGGAGGUCUGUCACAUGGCUUCAGCUUCUUAGCGGUCAGAUGGAAAUGGAAGCACAGCUGUGUUCUCUCUUGGCCUAGUGGUCAUGUUUGGGGUUAAAACUGAGCGAGCAGUGGUGCCUCAUUUCUCCAUUACUGUUCAGUUUGAUGGCAUGAUGAUAUGUUAGACAUGGGUCCUCCAUUAAAUACCAAGAAAUGUGAGUUCACAACAGGGGCUGGAAAGGAGUUGGCUUCAUCCAUCAUUUAUUUCAGGACCAAGCAGCAAGCUGCAGUAAUUGAGGGAGGGUUCUGUUCAUGGUUCAGGAACAAGUGUCCCACCACCAAUCACUCGGCUCUUUUAGAGAGCACCUGGUUCACAGUCCACAGAACCAGUGUCAUUUCCUUAGGUGGCGGCUGCUGUUACCCUUCCUGGCCUUAGCCAGCUGAAGGUACAAGUCCCUGCCAGGACUCUGGAAUAUUUCUGUCACCUGACUACGUCUCUUCUGUCAAGGACAAAGCAUAGGAGGUGGCCAGAACCAAAUUGUUUUAGAAGGACUCCUGUUACAGUGCUCAGUAUAUACCUACUUUUAUGUUCUUACUCCUUCAGUAAGAUUAUUUGUCUUAGAAAACAAGUGACAUUUGUAGUCCAAAGAAGAAGAAUCCUAGUUGAAGAGGGGUGCUCCCAGUGGCCCUCUGUUGUCAUUACAGUCUGGGUCAGGGCUCCUCGGUGUGGGUUGAGCGAGGUUCUGUUCUUUUCCUAGGCUAUUGGGGCAGUGUUGGACCUGCCCUGUGCAGGUCCUCCAUUCUAGAAGUGUGUGUUCUGCCGUCUCGGAGCAAGAACCAUGUGUGGAGCAGCCUGUAGUCUGGUUUGCCGCCACCCCCUUUUUUCUCAGCUCAGGUACAGACACCCCUUGUCAUGCUUGUCCCUCAUGUCACCCUCUAACUCCUGCUGUGAGCCCAGUUUCUACUCUUUGGUUUGUUUGUUUGUUUGUUUUGGUUUUUUGAGACAGGGUUUCUCUGUGUAGCUUUGCGCCUUUCCUGGAUCUCGCUCUGUAGACCAGGCUGGCCUUGAACUCACAGAGAUCUGCCUGCCUCUGCCUCCCAAGUGCUGGGAUUAAAGGUGUACGCCGCCACCACCCAGGUUGGUUUGUUUUUUAAGUCAGGCAAUAAUCUAAGGUUUCUAGGUGAUAACAUGGGGUGAGGAAUGGUAAAAAUUAGUAGUGAGUUUUGCCCUAAAAAUAUUUUAGUAAUUCAGAAGAGGUGAAAUUGAACAACUUUUAAGAUGCUUCCAGAUUGACACUUCAUGGGGAAAGUGGGUUCUUGUUCUGUCCAAGGUGAACAAAGAAUCUAUACAUACACAUGCAAUUUAAAACAUUCCAGAGGCUACAAAUAACUGAUAUAAAGUUGUACUUCCUUCUUGUGAUUCUUCUGAAAAAUUUUUACUUUGGAUAUUGUUUAAAUGAUACUAGAACGAUAAUGUAUGGGAUAUGUGUGUUGGGGGGAGCUUACUGGUCCUUCCCCUUCUGUUGGCUCUAAUUUCUAACUCUUUGUAAUUCUGAUGACUUUGCUAAGAGAAAAACCAUGGCAGAUGCAGUUUGAAAUCUGGGGUACAUGGUAUUUCCCCAAGGAAGGAGGGCUACAUACCCCUAAGGCAGAGAAGUCCUAGUGUGCACAGCCAUCAGAACUUGGGAUGCACCCCCUCACUGGCCCCCUCUGUUCCACACACCAUCUGCCCACCAAAGGAGUGUGGUAAGAGCCUUGGGCCUCAGAGUAUGGUUUGGAAUGCUGCUCACUGAGUUCACCCUCCUGCCUGUGCUCAGAUCACUUUGAACAGAAUCUUGUCAGAGGAAUGUAGUUCGUACCUACAAUAGUCUUAGUCAUUCACUUGGUACAUUUGCCGCCUCGGUUCAGACACUUGGGGAAACACUGGAACCAGUCUGGACUGUGGCUUAAGCUGUUCAGUUGCUCUACUUGGAUGCCCAGGCAAUCUCAAAGAGAAAACAUUUCUUAAGGUUGUUUAGGCUGGUGGCCUCUCCUUUUCACUUCUGAAGCUGGCUGGGUUGGGAAGGGGGUUGCUCCUUUGACUGGGAGCACAGGAAACGGGACUCGUAGCCUCUUUGAACCUGGCAGCCACCUUCCUCAUUUGUCUAGAGUUUCCUCUUAAGACCUGGACUUUGGCCCCUAGAAAAGAAUAAUUAUAGUAGUAGGGCAGCCCCUCGCCCAGCUACAGAUGCAUGUGCCAUGCACAUGUAUACAUGAGCAUCUCCCUCUUCCAGCUUCCUGAUUUUAGGGUAACUCCAUCUCUGGUCUUACCUAUAAAAAUACUUACACUUUGGCUGGCCCUGUUGGUGUCUGGCUUACAGGUAGUAGGACAGCAUGGAAGAACAGCUUCCUGUCUGAGCUAGGGAAGAAUCAGGUUCUGCAGACUGACCUCUACAGUGAUGAGUUUUCCAGGGUGUAUUCCUGUUGAAAAGUGGAGCAACACACACACACACACACACACACACACACACACACACACACACACACACACAGCAUCAGCCUUGGGCACAGCUGGGUAGACAGUGACAGCUGUCUUGGAGGUCAUUUGACACUCUCCUGGCAACAGUUGUCCCUUAUUAUUUAAAGCCUGUUCAGGCCGGACCUUCUGUGUUAACAGUGACCAUUGGCAUCCACUGGUCUGUUCCCAGCACUCCCUGACAUCCCCUCUUCCUGAGGGUCCACCUGGACAGUGGAGUCACUGGUCUUGCUGCUGGCAGAGCCAUGCACUGUGUGGGGUUUUCUCAGAAUAGCCACCCUCGUUCUUCAGACAGGUUUGUUAGUGAUGAGGGAAAAUGUGUAAUUUGGGAUUCCACAGUGCCUUGCAUACAGUAGGCGCCCAAUACCUAUUUGUUGAAGCAAAUCAAGUUCUUUGUCCCCACAGUGACCAAGGCAUCUUCCUCUGAAGGGCUUUGCAGCUGUGGCUAAAAAUUAAGUAUCAUUAUUUGCUCGAAACCAUAUUUACAAUUUGUAUGAAUUUCGGUAUAUUGCCAAGAUGGGAUCUUUUUCCUAUUGUAUUUUCUGUAAAUAUUUCUGCCACUGAUCUGUAAAGUAAAGGAGAUGUAAAUAUGAAAGUGUGCCUGUGUCCCUCGCUGCCUGUGUCGAAUCUGCGUCAGCCUGGGAAGAAGGUGCAGAGCUGUUCGUAUUUAUGCCUGUCCUCCGUCCACAAGAAACCCACGGGAUACUGAAUGUAAUACAUGCAGUCAAUUAAAUUUUAAGGAGCUUCUUAUCUAA